GAAGGUUUGUCCAUAUAUGGUGCACUGUGAACACAGAACAACAUUGGCAAGGCUGCACAUUGACUUGUUAGGUAAGUGGAUCAAGUCAGAGAUUCCCAGGCAAUUUGCUGGGAGGAAUAGAUGGUACUGCAUAGUAACUGGUUUAUGUGAUGAUAAUAACAACUUAUAAAAUGGGAUUGUAUCAGAAUUGCCAAGUGUUGAAUUAAGCACAUCCUUUCACUGAAGAUAUUAAUUUAACCCUACCCUAUAUUUCCUCUCUCUUUUAUUUCUAAGCGUAUCUUCUAACUCAUCACCCAAAGCCUUUUCAAAAGACUAUUUGAGCAUUUGCAUUUCUAGGGGUAGAGAAAUAUUUUUGCAAGCCAUAUAUAUUCCUUAGCAAUUUCUGCAUUCGUCUUCUUGGCCUGUCAUUGAUUUGAUUUGUAGUUGCAAUACCUCUGUGAGAUUUUAAAUGCCCCCACAGCAUGGAAAGAUGAACUUCAUUGGGUAAGAUUUAAGUAAUGAGUCCUAUCAGCAGAAGCCCUGAGCAAGGACUUCUGCUUGUGCAACAGAAUUUCCCUUCCCCUGCUCUGUAGAAUCUGGGAAGUUGGGAGAAUCCCCCAGAACAAUGUAGAAAGAGGAGGGAGGGCAAAAACCUUGCCCUGGCAGAAUGAUUUUGAAAUUCUCCCCUUGUUUUUCAUGGAACUGUAUGAUAUGACAAAUUAAUGGAUAUUUGCAAAGUGCUUUACAAAUGAGCACUGAGGACACAUUCCCAUGAACAGAUAGUACAGCCUGUGUUUGUUGGUUCUCCUGCUGCCCAUCAGUGCCCACAACUCAUAAGGCAGCUAGAGACUGAGCAGACUGCAGUGUUGUGGGCAGAGAUGUGGGGUGGAAAAACAUUCCAGGAUGGAAAUGUUUUCGGGACACACACACCCCAUUUCUAAAAAUUGAUUGUUUCAUAAAAUUGUUUUAAGUGCAUAAUGAAUGGCUACAAUAUCAAUCACAAUUGCCUAGAGUUGCAAAUAUAUUUUUCUAGGUGACAACCUUUAGGAUAUUGGUGUGGGAACGUAGGCCUGGGGACCUCCAUGUCUCUCCGUCUGGCCCUUGGGAUACCCUUCCCUCAGAGUACACACCCCACCAGCCCCGUUCCACCCCCUCAAUCACUUUUCCUGGCUGGAAUGUGUCUGAAUUGUGAUUGUACCUCUUGCUUGCUUGGAUAGAGGACUAUCUACAUGGGUUGAAACCUCUGGCUUUUAUGUGACUGGAAUGUCGCCUAUCAAAGUCACAUCUGUUAUUCUAUCCAUUUUUGCAGGUUUAACAGUUUUCAAGGUCUUCAUGAUUAUUAUUUUUAACAAUAUGAAAGAAGUGUAUUCUGUUGAGUUAUCAGAUCUUAGAAGCAUUUAUGAGUACUCCAGUAAAAUUUUUAUAUCUUGGAUUAAGGAAGGUGUGCACGGGAAGGUGAUAGACCCUGGGUCAGAGGCAGGGAAGGGAAGUUCUCCCAGGGUGGGAGGCCGGGAGAAGAAAGGGAAGCUCCCAGGUGAGAGCUGGAACGAUCCACACCCUUUUGUGUGAAACAAGGGUUAAGAUCUACCUCUGAUAGAGGGCUUUGUAUUUUUUUUCUCUUUCUUUUUUCCUUUUAUGAUAUUCUUUUUUAUUUAGAUUUAUUUGUUUUCAUUGUAUUUUAUGCUGAAAAGUUGCAAUAAAAAUGAAUUUUCAAAAAUUAAAAAUAUUCAGAAAUGAAUUUGUUUGAAAGUAACAUUUCUUGAAUGCCCCUCUCCCCCCAGUCAACACUUUCACUUCAACUUCUUAUUGUCACUGGAAAAUGUAGAAUACAACACACACACACACACACACACACACACACACACAAUGUAAAACAUAAACAUGGAGGGUUUUCUUUACCAAAUAAAAGUCAAGCAUACUAAAUCAGAUCCCAAUCUUUUAUGCAGCAGCAGAUAAUUUCCCAGAAGUUCUCCUGGUUCAAAAAAAAUCUGGAAAACUCACAUCACUGGACUUGGAGUGUAGGUUGCAAAAGUGGUCUUAUGAGGAGGUAGAGAGACUUCUGUCUGAGGUGGAAAAUUGAGGGAUGGAGUCAAUGGAAGUGGUUCCAAGUUUGGAGCCCUGGCUAAAAUCUGCCACCCAUUGAAGAACCUGCUGCCUCCUAGUUCUUACUGAUUUGCUCUCUCAGCAAAGUGUUGCCAGUGGGAGUAGUGACAUCUGCAAAAUGACAAAGUGCAGCAUUUUCCUCCCUGGGCCAGUUCUCUUCUGUUAAUGGAGCUGCCUGGGAGAAAGUUUUUUGAGAAACAGACAGAGAGCUAGGCUAUGGGAGGAGCUUGCUCCUCCCAUUUGUCGGCAUCAUUCGGGGGUCGAGAUGCCAGCUGGCUAGCCCCCAGCUGGAUCAUGCCCUUCCAGCCGUGACGAUCCCCAGAUCUCUGGUGUGACGUAAAUCAGCGACUCGACUUCAAAAGCCUGAGCACGCUAUAUUAGCAGAGCAUACUAUGCAAACAGAACAGGCGUGAGGCUUGUGAAAACAUACUAACAGCUAAAGAUUUAUUAAGCAUAAAUCAGGACAAAGAAAACAUGUUGUCUCCCUUUCUUCUCAGAGAGACAAAGCAAAAGCUAUACAAACAGACGGAAGUUCCCAGCAGACUGUGCUAGAAUGUAAACAGACAUGUGACACUUAACAAUCCCAUGUCUGCUCCUUAAGAAAUUCUCAACAUCCUCCCCCUUUCCAUGUAACCUGUGGCACAGUAUUUCAACUCAACUGCAACUGCUGUACAUAUAACUGAAGUUGUUCUCUGUUAACAACUUUAGACAACAGAUCUGCAGGAAUCUCGUUUCCUGGCAUGUAGGACACCUGAAUGAGUCCUUUCCAAAGACACUCCCUUGCACGAUGUAACUUUAUCUGCAAGUACUUGGUUCUUUUCUUUCAACUCUCUGACGCUAGCAAAGCCAAACAGGACCUGUUGUCUUGAUACAACUGUGUAGGACAUUUCAUAUUAACCCUGACAUCCUUAAACAGUUGCAACAACCAUUCACAAUCCAUAAGUGAAUAUGACAGGGCAUUGAGUUCAGCUUCACAAGAAGUCAGGCUCACUGUUGCCUGCUUCUUGCACAGCCAGUCAAACAGACUCUGGUUGUACAUGUAGCACACCCCAUAAGUGCUUGUGCCAACUGUGGUGUCACUUCUAAAACUUUCAUCUGCAAAUAUCUCAAGACCUCCAGAUCCCUGACUAGUGAAUCUGAGUCUGUAGUGCAUAGUACCUUUUAGAUAGUGUGCUGUGCGCUUCAGAGCUUUCCAAUCCUGAACAGUAGGAUUGUUGGUGUGUCUGCUAAGCAGAUUAGUGCUCACAGCUAUAUCAGGUCUUGAACAUCUGGCAAUGAAAUUCAGUUUGCCUAGAAUGCAUCUGUACAAUGUAGUGUCAGAAAAUGCUUCACCAGUAUCACCUAACUGGAAAUCUGUUACCGUUGGUGUAUCCACAGGAUUUGCAUCAACCAAAUUCAGCCUGGUCAAUACAUCAGCAAUUUUCUGAGACUGGUGUACGAAAAAAUCACCUGCCUGGUUUUUCUCUACUUCCAGAUACCUCACCAAGAUCCUUCAUGUCAAAGUGCUCUCGCAGCUGAGCUAGGGUGCUUUGGUACAAAGCCUGAUGCUUCCAAAAGAAAAGAAGAUCAUCAACAAAGCAUACACAAUACAGUUUGUUUUGCCCCUCCUCUUUGACAAACACACAUGGAUCAGCUUUGCCUUGGUGAAAACCUAGAGAAAACAAUGUCUCUGUUAGUUUUGUGUUCCAACACCUGGCACUCUGUUUGAGACCAUAUAGGGAUUUCCGUAGUUUACAGACCAUUCCCUUCUGUACCUGCACUUCAUCAAGUGGAAGCAUAUAAAUCUCCUCCCCUAGCACCCCGUACAAAAAAGCUGUGUUCACAUUGUGAUGUGAAACGUGAAGCUCUUCUUCUGCAGCAAUCUUGAGCAUAAGCCUAAUGCUCUCAUACUUGACGGUGGGUGAGUAGGUCUCUUGGUAGUCCUGUCCUGGUACCUGUGAAAAACCUGGUGACCAAUCUGGCUUUGUGUCUUACUACCUUGCCAUUCCUUGCCUUAAAGACCCACUUGCUGUCAGCCAGCUUCAUCCCUGUGACUAUUGGAACCAGCUCCCAGGUCUUGUUCCUUUCUAAGGAAUCAAGUUCAGCCUUCAUGGCUUUAAGCCAUGGUUCAACAUCCUUUGAGGUUAACUCCUGGAUCUCUUGGAAGCUUGAAGGUUCCCACACCUUCUCUGAGCUACUAACAACAGCUGUUGCUGUUUUAACAAACUCAUCAGCAUACCUCUUUGGAGGUUUGCCCUUUGUGGCCCUUUCAGAUCUGCGUACUAGAUGCAAGUCUUCACUCAUCUCCUCUUUCUUAGGAGAAUGGUGGCCAAUGGAAAACAGUGGUUCUUCCAGUUCAGUGUCAGACCCGUCAGAUGGUCUGAGUGAGGCCUUCACGCUCCUGUAGUCUGCUGUGUCACUGUCAGCAGCACUAGCACCUCCCACUGAACUGGAAUCCGAACCCUGAUCAUCAUCCUCAGCUUCCUCUGCUUCUUCAGCUUCAGGGUGACUCUGGAAAAUCCACACAUAGUCCCCCCCACUUUGCAUUGUACUGAACACUCCUGGUAAACCAUACCGUAUUUGUGUCAGUCAUCAGCACUCUGUAUGCACCUUUUUCGUACCCCACAAAUAUGCCAUGUACACCAUGCUUUCUGAACUUGCUGCUCUGUGGAGUAUGGACCCACAUGUCAGAAUCAAAGAUUCUCAUGUGCUUGACAUAUGGUUUCUUACCAAACAUCUUCUCAUAGGGAGUACAGCCUAUUGGUGCAGAAUACCUGCGAUUAUAAGAAUAAACAAAACAAUUCAGAGAUUCAGCCCAAUACUCUUCAGGAAGAUUGGCAUCAUGCAACAAGGUUUUUAGGCCUUGUAGCAAAAUCUGGUUUGCCCUUUAGCAAAGUCCAUUCUGCUAUGGAGAUCUUGGACUUGUGAUGUCAUGCUGAAUCCCCUUCUCACGCAUGUACCAGGAGGAGUGUUGUUUAGUGCAUGCCAAACACUGCCUCAGCAACAUACCUGCCUUUUGAAACAGCACUUCCUGUGUUCAGUGGUGUGCGGUCAGUGGACUAGGGGCCUAGGCUAGUCCCCUAAAUGUUCCUGGUAAAUUGGAGUAUUAAAGCCUGGUGCCUCCUUCCCGAAGCCUGGGAAGCUUCUGCCGAGCUUAGGGAGGGAGAUGUGAUGCUCACACUUGUGACAUGCCCCCCCUCCAAUCACCCUUGCAAGCUGCUGCCUCUGUCCCUAACUGUCCCUGUAUGGAAAAUUUCACCGCACACCUUGUUUUGUGUCACCAUACCCAGCCGGGAAGAGGAGACUCCCCCCCCGCCACUGCCGCCGCCGCCUUCUACAUCCUUUCGUACAAGAUUUAUUGAAACCUGAAAUGUGAGACAAAAAGGGAAACUGUAGGACUUUCUCCCAUCAGAUCAGUUUUGUAUGAGGUCUAGUUUUGGAACAUUCAGCGGCAACUUUAUUAGCAUUACCAAUUAGUUGGAUACAUGGAUUUAAAUUUUCAGUUUUUCUAUGAAAAGCAGUGUUACUUGUUACAGUGAUUAUUUAGAUGUUAGGGUUUUCUUAAACUCCUUAAUAAGACAAAGGAGGGAACCUAGGAAAUUCUCUUGCCUCAAAUGUUGACACUUCUGUCUGUUCUUCUCCCUGCCCCCCUCCCUCACUGGAACUUAUUCAUGAGAAGCUUGAGCAUCUCUAGUAUGAGAAAACCCAUCUCAGAAUGACUUUAAAGACCUUGAUUGCCUGGUCUGCAGUCAAAUGUUUCCUUGCUUCAUUGCACCUGUUCCUCUUGCAGGUACAUGUGACAGUGCUGCAGCUAUGAGUGGAAUUUUAAAGAGGAAGUUUGAAGAAGUUGAUGGCUCUUCACCCUGCUCUUCGGUGCGGGAAUCGGAUGAUGACGUUUCUAGCAGUGAAAGCGCUGACAGUGGUGAUAGUGUCAACCCAUCCACUUCAAAUCAUUUCACCCGUAAGUAAUAAACCUGGAGAGUGAAGCUCUGUAGAUUAAAAUGUUCAAAUGAUGUUCUAUGCUUUUGUCCCCUUUGUUUACUAUACUUACUGAGUAAUGCCUGCAUUCUUCAGUGGGCAAUAGACUGGUUUGGCCCCAUGGUAAUAUGCACUUAUGCAGCACCACACAUUUCAGGUCUUUUGCAUGGUGCUGGGUGUGUUGAAACUGGCCCUGAUCAGGUGAAUGACUUUGCUGUGGAACCAUAUGGCUGAACUAGACCUAAAUUGGCCAGGAUCUUGAGAAACUUACAGGAUACUUGAAGAAAUGUCUUUGGUCAUAUGAACCAGCCUGGGCAUUAAGAUCUGGUCUGUAUCCAAUUGUCUUCAGAUACAUAGCAGUCAACAAUGAGGAACAGGGCCUUAGCUUAUGGAAUGCCCUCCCGGGAGAGAUCCACCUGACUCCAUCAUUGCUUGACUUUCUCAGGGCAAAUGACCUAUUUAUUUCAAAAGGCAUCCAGCUGAAAUACAGCACCCAGCUGGUGGCUUUAAAGACAGCUUGAUCUGGAUGUGCUUCUUAUUUUUAAUGCUUUAUGUAAUGAUCAAUCAUUUACAUUGUUUUUGUUUAAUAUUGUCUUGUUGUAGUCUGUAGGCUGCUUUGAAUAUUCUGUAUAGAAAAGCAGACUACAAAUUUAUCAAAAUAUAAAUAAGAGAACAAACAGGACAUGUAUAAAAUAGUGUAACCCAUUGUUGCACAAGCUAGUAAUCAUCACAUUUAUAAGAGAAUAGGGUGGGUGUGCUUUGGGAUUAUCAUACAGUUUCUGCUGUUGCCCCAUUAUAGUAAAGAUAGCAGUUGUGUUAAUGUAGUUGGCUCUGAAUAAUCUAAGAAUACCAAUGUAGGUCAAUCAUUAUAAUCCUACUCUUCUGCUGCCUAUUCUGAAAUCUUAGAUUCCUUCUCUCUGCUUAUUAGAACACUUGAACAGCAGGAAUAAUUGGGCAGAGAGAAAUACAUUUCAGUGUGAAGCUAAAAAAGAUUCAGCAUUGAUUCUAAUGGUUCCCCAAAUGGUGGCAUAAGAAAGGGAAGAAAUAUCCCCACAAAGGGGGUGUGGAUAACUCACAGAUCGAGCACAUGAUUUGGUCCAAGGUUUAAACCCCAAGGUUUAAUCCUAGGUGGGGCUGGGAAAGGCUGGUCUGAAAUCCCAGAAAGUCACUGACAGAUGUACUAGAUGAACAAUAGUACUAGAUGAACCAAUGGUCUGAUUUGGUAUAAAGCAAUUCUUAUGUUCCAGAGAGAUUGAGUGUGUCCAUGAGUUUGUGAUCAGAGUUCUCUGGUGAGCAGUGGGAACCCACAAGGGGGAAUUUUAGGGGAGAAAGGAAGGGAAAAGUUUCCAAAAAGCACAUGGGUUUAGCUUGGUUAUGGAAUAUGAAGGGCCUCCCAAGGAGAGGAAAGGAGGUUUCUUGUUAUGGCUGUAAGGGUGUGAGUAGGGCUGUGUACACACAUAGCCACUGAAAUGCACAGGGGUCAUUUUUUCCACUGUGUGUUCUUGUACAUAGGGCGCUGUGGUCUAAACCACUGAGCCUCUUGGGCUUGCCGAUCAGAAGGUCGGUGGUUCGAAUCCCCACGAUGGGAUGAGCUCCUGUUGCUCUGUCCCAGAUCUUGCCAACCUAGCAGUUUGAAAGCACGCCAGUGCAAGUAAAUAAAUAGGUACUGCUGUGGUGGGAAGGUAAACGGCAUUCCCGUGUGCUCUGGUUUCCGUCAUGGUGUCCUGUUGCACCAGAAUCAGUUUAGUCAUGCUGGCCACAUGACCUGGAAUGCUGUCUGUGGAUGAACGCUGGCUCCCUCAGUGUAAAUGCGAGAUGAGUGCCGCUACCCCAUAGUCGCCUUUGACUGGACUUAACUGUCCAGGGGUCCUAUAAUGUCAGUAGGCUUGCCCUAAUAGGAAGUGACCUGAGGAUGCAUUUUCUGCAUAGACAUGUAUUCAGCAAGUGCUUGAGAAGGGCAUUCUCCGCACAAAAUGGGUUAAAACUGUUCUAGCACAAUGACAAAAUAGUGUGGGACAAGGACUACAUGGGGAUGAUGCUGUGUGUUUAGCACAUCCAAAAGGCGCUUGCAUCCAAUGCUGACUGCACAUUAUUAUUCAAUGUGUACACUCCCUUAGAGAGACAUUGAGAUGUGGAAAAAUCUUUGACUGGGCAUCUGAGUAAGGUGAUUUUUUUUUUUAACCUGGUAGAUUUUUAUGUGAGAUUUUACUGAGUUUUUAAAGUGUGUUUUAUUGGAAAUGUGGGAUAUAAACUGCUAAAUAAAAUACUGCUAAUCAUCUUUGUCUUUUGACAGUGCAUUGCACAUGGCAGGGCUGGCGACUGUAUGUGCAGCCAGCAUUGCUUAAGUAUCUGGUAUGUGCAUUCUAGGUCAGCUUGAAGAUUCAUAGAUUCUUUAUAAAUACUAAGCACUGGCUAUUAGUGCAGUGGCAGAUAACAUGAACAAAUCAUUAGACAAUUUCUGUAUGCUAGUAGAAUUCAGAACAAUGCAAUGGAAGGCACUAUUGUGGUCUAUGUCUUCAAUAACGUCGCUUUUCACGGCAGCUGUGUUUUCAGGUUGCUUUGCGAAACAAAGUACUAUAUUCACUUUUUUAAAAAAAGAGUGCUCUGUGAAACAAAUUACUCUUUCCUUAUAGCUGAAGAUGGAAACUAAAUGUUGCAAACAGUUUAGUUUGUGAUAUUGACAGCUGCUGGGUGCAGAAAUAGCAUGCCUACUCUAGGCAAGAGUUUGCUUAUGAUUAUGCUGAUAUUUUGUAAAGAUGAGGAUUUGCCUGGGAGUAGCAAAGAAAAAGGCUCACUUUAAAUUGGUUGGUUUUGAUGGUUGGAGAGUAAAAUUGAUGUUUUAUAGCACACACAUUUGAGGGGGCGGGAGGAAGAAUAUUCUUAAGCUUGGGACCCACAGUCAAGCACAGGUUUCGUUGCAAUGACUGCAAAUAAUCUAGAGUCAGUUCAUAUCUUCCGCAACCUGUUUAGUCAAUGAUUUGGGCUGAUCGGGGUUGUAGUCUAACAACAUUUGGGCACCCAAGUUGAAGAGCAUUGAUCUAGAGUAGUGUUUCUCAAAGUGGCUUUGGGCCACUUUUAGAUGGGCCUCAUUGGUAUAACCUUCCCCAGUGCCUCUUCACUUGCUUGGCUACAGAAAGGAAGGGGAUAAGAGAUGUAAGCUGUUAGAACAGGAGGAAAUUAAUGUAAAAGGACCAGGGUGCAGGGGUAGGUGCGGUUGGGGAGGGAUGAAAGAAACAGCCAGUUUGAGAGGUGGUGGGAUAAGGUACAAGAUGAAUGUGAAAGGAGAAUGGUAAAAAUGGGUAAAAAUACUUUGAGGGGCACGUGAGGGUGGGAAGGGGGAAACAGAAAAGAAAAGGCCUUCUCCAGUUAGAACCUCUGGGUCAAAUUCUGCCUAAAAGGUAGAGGCUGAGUCACAAUACCUCCUGAGCAAAUGUCAUUGCUUAGGAAACGAUUGCUGCACAGCCAGAAAGUGCUUUCCUAAAUGUAAUCAAAUUUUGGUGUAAAUUAACCAGGAAGCACAAGAAAUCAUAAUUUUUCAACUAGAAGACAACCCUGUCUUCAACAACUUGUAUCAUUUGUGAAGAUAAACUAGCAUAGUUCCCCCCUAGCCCAUUUAUUUGGUUAUUUAUUUAUAGAAUCUUUUGCCCAUCCUUCACCAUAAGGUCCGGGCAAUAAAAUAUGUGUGUGUGUGUGUGUGUGUGUGUGUGUGUGUGUGUGUGUGUGUAGCAAGCCCAUCAUAGUUAUAAAAACACAUACAAGUAUUCCACAUGGAACAGAACAGUAUAAAUUUCAGACUGCUCAGAGCAGAGACAUUUGGAAUAAAGGGACAUGCUUUUGUCCUAUGCCUCUUUCUUCCAGAAUUGUGGAGUGUCUUAAAAACAAGGAGAUGCUAAGUCGAAUUGGUUUGGGUUAGUUUCUGAAUGGCUACUGUCACCAGAAUUCACAAAACGCUGUAAUAGUAGCUAAGAACACUGUCAGCUAUAGGCAAAACAAAUUAAGAAAUGAAAUUACCAGUUUUCAUUACUACACAUGUCUCUUUCUGUUGAAUAAGCUAUAAGGGUGCACAGCUUGGUGUUUUGUCCUUUAGUCUGCUAUAGUAUAUGAUUUGCAUCAGACAACAUGUUCCAGGUUUCAAAGUUGGUGUACAGGAAAAAAAGCAAUGAUAAUAAUAAUGAAAACAAUAAAUCCGCUCUUCCUAAUGUAGUCCAUGGAUUGUGGCUCUGUCAGGAAAUAACCUUGGUGAUGAGGUUGAGAAAGGGAGUUGGCGCAGAGCCAGCAGCCUGCCUAGCAUUGAAGCAAAGCUGUUGCUGCUUCAGAAAGAGCCUUGAAUAGGAGUCUCAUCUGGUUAUUAAACCAGACAGUGGAGAGAUAUUUUCCCUCCUGGGAAGCAGUUACAAACCUCAGGCGCUGAAGCGAUGUGAGUGCAUGUGACGAUUGCAUUUCAAAGCAUCCUGCGCCCUGAACUUGGGAGAGUGAAAUGCAGCUUGCAUAAGUGAACAGGAACGCUUGGACUCCCUGACCUAGUCCCUUAUUUUUUAAACACGACUCCAACCAAUGCCGGUGACUUCUUUUAAAAAACAAAAACAAAAAAACAUGUACAGCUGUGGCAUCAAAGCCCUCAAAUUAAUGAAUGGUAGACUUACCAACAAAAGCAAACCGCAGCCUAUAUAAACAGCAAAGUAAAUCCUUCUAUAACAAGGCACACUGAAAUGUAUUUUUGACUUCUGACCUCGUCCAUCUGCCUAAUGGAAUAAUAGGUUAUUCUCCCGGGGCCUCUGUGUAAUGUCUUUGUCAUUCUGGGGUGGGGGGCGGGGGAUAAAAUAAAAUGGCCUGAUCACACUUCAGUCAGCCAGUUGUGCUGUCUGUCAUACUGAAGUUGGCUAGGGCAGCUUUUCUGAGAUCUUGUGAAGGUGUCAGGGGCAUAUCUGGAAUGCCUCAGUUAGGUUUGUCGAGAGUGGAAAUUAUUAUGGGUGCCCAUCCUUUAUGGGGGUAAGGAAUAUAGGCCAGUGAAAGAUGUAACAUCAUGAAACAGAUGUUGGGACUAGAGCCUGAUUCUCACAUAGGUGUUCAUUGUUCUGGGGCUACAGUAUCUAGUGAUGACUUGUGACAACACUGAGGAAAGGACAGGUGAACGAGUCUGUUUCCGUCCCAUGUCAUUUUUGCAUGCAUUCACCCAUAAUUCCAUUUUGUUCUGCAUUAAUCAUGCGGUCCUUUUUUGGGGGGGUGGAAAUCCACAUUUAAAUACAUAUUAAAGUAUGUGCUCUGUAUCCAACAAGGUCAAACUCAGGGUAUGCUUAUUGAAAUCAAAUCAUUUAAGUUAGUUAUGCCCAUUGAUUUCAGUGGGUUCUCCUCUGAGGUUGCCCUGUAUUUUAAAUGCAUUUUCUCUGAAAGUAUGCAUUUCUGAAUAUAUUUGCUCUCGGAGCACACAUUUUAAAAAGCUAUUUUGUGACCUUUUUUGGAGCUAAGAACUGCAUCAGUAUAUUUGGGAAGUGCGAAAGCUGGUGGGUAGCCUAACAGCCCAAUCCUAACCUUACUUACUCAGAAGUAAAUCCUAUUCAAGUCAGGCAGGUAGAGUUAGGAUUGCAGCCUAAGUUCCGAGAGCUGUAUGUUAGACUGGGAGUUGCAGAUCAGAUCAGUUCGUGUCAGAAUUUGCAAAUACUGCUUUUCUCAAGCAUCCCUAGGCUAUGGAUAUAGGAUUGUCAUAUCCCUUAAAUCACAUGCAAUCCUUUUCAGUGGAGUCAGUUGACACAUUUAGCUCUGCCGGUCAAUAAAAAGAUACUCAUCAACUGCAGAAAAAUCAAACAAUGUGGCACGUUAUGUGUGAACUGGUCCACACAUUGCGAGAAGUUUGGUCAUACUUUUGAAGGUUUACAAUCUUGUUCCCUUCACACCUGUUCCACAGCAAACCAGGACUUGACACUAGAAACAGAAUGCUCUGUCUAGAGCUUUCAGUAUAUUGAUUGGGACCCCAGGACCUUAUAUGCAUAUGCAAAAUACUUCCACAUGUGCACAUUGCCUCAUGGGGCGUCACUCUGGAGAAUCUCCAGAAGGGGAGGACUACCUGUGGAACGCUGAGCAUUCCAUCACACCUGGGCUUUUACUGUGUGGACAGAGCACAAAUAUUUUUCUGCAUUGCCCACAAGUCCCAAUAUUUGGUCCUGCUGCCCUUGCCUUUAGUUUGAAGAAGCUGUCACUAUGGCUAUUGUUCAGAGUUGUAGAAAGAGUUGGCGGGAGUGCCUUUUGGUUUCAGACAUCAUGAGGGCCUAAGGUGCAUGGGAAUUUAGAUGUGCUGUGUAAACCAUCUCAGAAACCACCACAUAUUUAGGAGGGGGAGACAAAAAAAAUGUAGAACAGACUGAAGAAAAUGAAGGAGGGAAUGGAAAUAAAAGAGGAUAAUGAGAAAAAUGGAGAGGUGCAAUUGCGAGUGAAGGAUAUCCUGAAGGAUUGAUACUGGUGAGCGAAGGCCGAUCAGGUGGUGUUUCCUCGCAGAGUGCUCUAAGAAGACACUGUUGGCUUAAAUACAAAAUGUAAAACAUAAACUAUAAAAAAGCAGACUGCUUUGGAGAAUGGAUUCAGGGUUUGAGGCCAAGGUGAGCUGUGCUACAACUGUAUUUAAAUAGCUACUAAGAGUAGCUUUGAACAUAGUCCAAGUGCGACUUGAAAAUCUUACUGAAUGCACUGCUAGGUUUAUUUAUUCAGCAUCCCUUUAGGGUAAUGAUUAGAGACACUGGUAAGAAAAUCUGCAGGCUUCCCCACACAAAGCUGGACAAAAAAGGAAAAUGUUACACAGAAAGCAAAUUACUUAGACGAGUCCUAUGCACUGUGACUCAGAAGUCCCGUUGAGUUCAAUUAAACUUACCGUGAAGUAAAUGGGUAUAGGACUACAGCUUAAAUUGUUGUUUUUUAAAAAAUAUUUAUAAAAUUAAUGAAUGCCUAAUUAUUUAUGUAAAUAGAUUAUAGACCCCUUUUAUAUUAAACAAUAUUCAGAAGCUUACAAACAGUAAAAACUAGUCUGCAGAACAAGCAUCAGCAAGAACAAUCAAUCCCUCAAAUAUAUCAAAAUUUAAGCAGAGAAGAACAGUAAAAUGCCAAUAAAAUCAAAUAGUGUGGUCCCUGGAAGGGUAUACCAGGGGCCAUAGGAUAGAGUGGAUAUGGCCAGAGGGAAGAGAAGGAGGUCCACCCUCACAAAACCCCACAAGUUGCAGGCCUAGAAACUUCAGCCUAUCUUGUUCCUCCACCAUCAGCGUUCAAUGGUGGCAAUGGCAAAAAUGCUUUGUGUAUUUUGCUUAGUCACAUUACAACUUGAGCUCUGCCCAGGGCUCAAAGCAGCAUUCAGUAGAAUCAACUCAGAAAACCUCCCAACUUAUGUAUAAAUUGGAAUUAAAGCUAUGACAGAAAUGUUGUGGCUGUGAGGUUGACUAAGAUUUAGACUAGAAAGCUCUUAACACAAUAAAUGUUAGUUGAAGUGUAGGAUUAAAAACUGCCCUUUUGGGCUACAUAUCUUAGUGUUCUGUGUGCAUAGUAUUGUAACCUGAUUUGGACUAAGUCUCACUGUAGUCAAUGGGACUAGCUUCUGGUUCUGGUUCCAGUAUUUACAAUUGUGUUGACAGGAGCCAAGCCACGGUUUGGUUUAGCAUUACGUCUCAACCCAGGUUCAUCUCCAAACAAACCAUGAGCUAUAACCAAGGUUUGUUUGGGGCUUAUUGGUCAGUGGUUUGUAUGGGGGAAACAAAUCACACCCCUGGGUUUGGAUGUAACACUAAGCCAAAUAAGGUCAUCUGUGCUUAUGUUCCAUUCAACUAGACUAGACAGUGGUGCAGCAGAUAUUCCUUCCUGGUAUCCUAUGGUAUCCUAAGAGGCCAGUGCUCAUGUAAGACAAGGGUGUCUCCUUUCCUGAAUAGGCUGUGGUUGCAGUUUGGUCCACGUUUAGUUUUGCAAGGAUCCAAAUUAAAGGCUUGAUGUAUUGGAUCCACAUAUAUCUCAGCAGCAGUGCACAUGACUUGCACAUACAAAAUCCUAAAUUCAGUCCCUUGCAAUCUCAAGUUAAUGGAGCUUGGAAAGCAGGACUGGGAGAGAACCUUCUGCCUGCAAUCUUGGAGAGCAGUGGCCAGUCAGAACAGACCAAAACUGGGCUAGAUGGACUAGUCCUGUGACUCAACAGAAGGCAUCUCUUUGUCUGCAAGAAAGAACAAAGCUAUUUUUGGAGUGCACAUUAAGGCGGCAUCUGUUUUGUUUCUUUAGAUUUCAUUUUGUUUAGUGCAUGACGUUAAAGUCCAUUAGCGUCCGUGAGCCUUUCGUCUGGCUUUGCUUUCUAGGAUGGCUGUUAAAAGUGGGCCUUUUGGAAAAGUGAUGUUUUGACCUGGAUUACCGCGAUGAUGAAUUACACUUGACAGUCCUAUCUUGUUAAGACUUGAUGAAUACUAUGUGGGAAAUCCAGGGCGUGGGUGUAGAAUGGGGUUAAUCCUUUUUAUUAGAAUGUUCCAGCACAGCACUGAGAAUACAUCAAAAAGCAGGAAAAUGGGUUAGUGGCUUUAAGAAUAGCCUUGUCGUCUGCCACGUUGCUUUAAAAAACAAAAGGAAAAAGAAAUGGGCUGCUCUGUGCUACAUGCUCUUGCCUUGAGACUUCCCCUCUCCCUAAAAUAUUUCUCUGAUGGCAGUAAACGAAUUGCAUUGCCCUGCUGGUUGUAAACCUGCGGGUACUCUGUUGCGGAGCCAUAUGGCUCACAUUUAUUUUAAUGUGCCUUUGACAGGAGGAGAAUAGCUGAGACUGCUGAGGAAAGUGCUUACACUUUGGAUCCCAGCCAGCGAAAGCUCAAUUUAUUUAUGUUUAGUAACUGAGUAACUUCUUUUUACAGUAGAAAUGGUGCUUGAAAAAGAUUAAAAGGCUUGACAUGCCAUUUAUGCUACUUUUUCUCGCCCCCACCCCAUUUUCUUUUUUGCAAACAAGGCAAACAUGCUUUCCAUUCACAGCAUCGGUUUAUUUUUAACUGAGCCGAGACCCCCCCCCCACCUCCACCCGCCGGUGGAAUUCCGUGAUCUAUUUUUGGAAAGCUUGGUAGAAUUUGCUUAAGCAAGAUUAUGCGUAAGGAGUUUCCUCACAUGAAGACCAACUAAAGGUCACAUUGGAUCUCUAAGUCUCAGAGAGGCAUCUCACUCAGAAUUGACACAGGAUAGAGCCUAGUUGAUGGGCUGGAAACACCAGAUGCUGUCGCCUUACUGGAGCUAAUCGUGUGUGAAACCACUCAGCAGUCUGGACAGGAGACCACUGAGAACCUUGUGCAAGAGCAGGAUAUAAAAUCAGGGGAUGAUCUAGGAGAUGCUUUAUUUGGAGAUAAAACCUGGAGCUUCAUACUUAACAAGGAACACAUUCUGUGCCAAUUUCAGCUCUUAGCCAAACAAAUGGCCAGAUUCUGGUAAGACAGUUUUGUCCCUGGCCACUCGCCUGUGGCAAACAGGCUUUCCAUGCAAUCAGGCAGGAAGCUUUCGUGACUUGGAAGAGGGUUGAUCCUGUUUUUCUUCUAGGCUGUUGAUUUGCCACAUGUAGCAAUAAGGAUGCACCUCAGCUGUGCCUUCAGAUGAUGCCUGCUUCCUCACUUGGCUGUCCCUUGCUGAAUGGGAGCAAAUGUGUAUUAAUAAUGUUCCAGGUUGCAAUUAAAAAAUAAAAGCAAUGAAAUAAUGGCUGUAAAGUAAUAUAGGCCCUCUGUGAUAGUGUACUCAGUUAUUUAUGAAGCUAAUAAAACAGGCCACCUGGAGGUAUAAAUGAAACAGAUCUAUAAUUGCUUCCUAUAGGAAAAAGAUUGUGUUUUUGGUAGAAAGGUAUUCUGUUUCCGUUUCCAGAAGUCCUAGGCUUUAGCAGUGCUAGAGGUCUAAAAGGUAAUAAAGAAAGCGGCCAGUGUUUUUCUGCACUAAUCGUAUCUAGAGAUAAUAUUCCAUCUCAUGUUGUCAUUGUGUUGGGCAGUUUCAUGUUCACAAGAGAAAGUUACAUUGAUUAUUUCAUACCUGGCUCACUUUUGUUACCAGGUUUGGGCUAGGUUGUGCGAUGGCCUUGGUAUGGAUGGGGUCACUGAAGAGCCACAAAUGAAGGGACUCGUGGUGUGGAACAGGAAGCACCAAAGAUGAAUGGAAGCAUCUGUUGAGAGCAUGAUGGAAGGGAACCUCUUCCAUGCUGACUUGUCUCUCAUGGAACCUUAAAGGAAUCUGUAGCCAUUUAUCUUGCUGCUGUUGAGCUCCAACUCCCAUUAGCCCCAGCCAGCAUGACCAAUAGUCAGGGAUAAUGGGAACUGUAGUCCAGCAAACUACAGGCACCAGGCCCAUUGGCAGACCAACAAAGAUGUCUGCAAGCAAGUCUUGAAGGCUGGCAACAUUAAACUUGCCAUGUGGGAAUCCCUUGCAGAUGACUGCAGCGCCUGGAGACAAUCAGGUUGUAUAUCCACAGCAGUGACCAGAGGAGGAAUGACCACCGGGAGGAGCUCAGAGAGAAGAAUUGCCAGGGCAUACCUGCAUCAGCACAACCUGAUGCCUUCUUCUGCCCCAGCUGCAGCAAAACAUGUGUCUCCCAUGUCGGUCUUUACGGCCACAGCAGGCGCUGUAACUCCCCAAUAGUUUAAAUUCACCCCCAAGGGUGCACUCUUCCAUUGUCUCCCAGGACAGGUGGAUGGUGACAAAUAUCAGCAACAUCAUAAUCCCCAACCCCAGCUUUAAGCCUUGCAGAGAAUUCUGCAGCGUGUUCAGAGGUGCACACACUAACUGCACUGGAAACUGGCUAAGACCGUUGGGCCUCACAACUUCAGGGACACAAAUCCAUCAUCAUUGACCCUUUCACUCAGGUGUCCCUGAUGAUCUUUUAAAGAACCACAGAGUUCCUUCCCUGAACACAGUUUGAGAAAAAUAUUGUGAUUUUCUUUUUUCUUUUACUCACUGACUGGUCACAGGUCCCACCUCACCCCUGCCCCAAUAACAUGAUGGGUUGAAACCCAUCUAUCGCCUAAGAUUAAAAAAACCUGGUAUUGCUCCCUGUGGAUGUGUGGCAGCAAGAAGGGCCUGAAGGCCAAAUGGCUCUAAUUGCCUGAGACAGAAGAGUUUUUAACCAGCUCACACGUCCUGUUGUGCCUUAUUGCUGUUAAAUAUAUGGCCUCAUGUUACAAAGGCUGUCAGCAUCUUUUAUGACCAUCUCAGUUCCUCCCUUCUGACCAUUACUGUUCUCCCAUCAUACCUGUGCAACUGUUGCACCUAAAUUGCACAGCCAUAACUCAUCAUCUAGUUUUCCCCCCAGUCUCCUACUGCCGUCUCCCAGUAAAUCAGGCAGGCUCCUGUCAUAUCUUCAGGAGUCAAGCAGCUAAUGCGUGUGCGCGGUUAAUAUUCUACACUGCAGGCUAACAACGGCCUGCUUCUUUGUGGGGAAACAAAAGCAUUCAGAAUUCCAGCAUGAGGUAUCUCUGUCUGGACCAGCUGCACAGCAGGGAUAACGCAUUUAAGGAGCUGUUUUGUUUUAUUUAAGGCGCUCUUUUCAAAAUCAGUAUGCAUUGCCUAGAAAGUAUGUUCGAAUGCAUGAGAAAGGGAUAAACACCAGACCUUUAAAACACAUUCAAAGCACACAUCCAAGAAUCCUGGGAACUGUAAUUUGUCCUCCACAAACCUGCAACUCUUCACACCCUUAACAAACUGCAGUUCCCAGAAUUCUUGGGGUGUGGGUAUGUGCUUUGAAUGCCCUUUAAAAGGUCUGGUGUUUACACAGCCUGUGUGAUGAAUGUAGGAAAACUAUGCUCCUGACAGGUUGAUUUAUUUCUGAUGUAACAACUGCAUGACGACAAGUCUACCUUUUUGUGCAGCACAUGGGAGAGAUGAAGGAAUGAAUGAAACAAGACAAACACACAUCGUGCAUUCGUGCUACUUAAAUAGCAUCACUGUGUGGCAGGCCUCUGGCAUUAAUUUCUCAUGCACAAGAUAUGCCAUGAGAGAGUAAUCGGUUUGUGAAAACAUGGGGCAAGAUACUCACUAGGCAGGUAAUAAUGUUUCCAUUGCUUAAACCUUAAUUAGCCAAUCCAAGUUACUUGAGGUUUAAGAAAGCCCUGUGUUUGUUUGUUUUAUGUUGGAUACCUAAAUAAAGAUAGGGACGCUGUGGGUUAAACCACAGAGCCUAGGACUUGCCGAUCAGAAGGUUGGCGGUUCAAAUCCCUGCGACGGGGUGAGCUCCCUUGUUCGGUCCCUGCUCCUGCCAACCUAGCAGUUCGAAAGCAUGUCAAAGUGCAAGUAGAUAAAUAGGUACCGCUCCGGCAAGAAGGUAAACGGCGUUUCCAUGCACUGCUCUGGUUUGCCAGAAGCGGCUUAGUCAUGCUGGUCAGAUGACCAGGGAAGCUGUACACCGGCUCCCUCAGCCAAUAAAGUGAGAUGAGCGCUGCAACCCCAGAGUCGGCCAUGACUGGACCUAAUUGUCAGGGGUCCCUUUACCUUUAUAAAGAGGGAGGCCUUGUGGGUUGGAGGUUUCCAUGUCCAGGAGAUAGAUUAGCUGCCUGUUCUGGAUGGGAUGGCACUCUCUUUGAAGGAGGAGCAGGUGUUCAUUUUUGGGGUAUUCCUUGAUCCAUCUUUGUCACUAGAGUCCCAGUUGACCUCUGUGCUCUGGAGUGACUUUUACCAGGUUCAGGUGGUUUGCCAGCUGCAACCUUUCCUGAACGGUGACAGCCUGACCACAGUGGCCCAUGCAUUGGCACUGCCUGAAGGCUUGAUAGCUGUGCUUUAUGUGGGGAUUACCCUUUUAUCUGGUCCACAGCUGCACAGUUGUGCAGACUGCUCACAGGACCAGAUUACUGGCAAUAUGUUACCCCACCACUAAGAGAGCUGCCAUGUUCAAGGGACUUCUGUUAAUUCAUAAUGUCUUAAACAACUUGGGGUCAAAGUCCCUUAAGGACUGUCUAGCUUCUUAUGUUUUAUGGAUAUCUUUGUUGAUUUUGCUUUUAUCUGUUGUAUUCUGUCUUGUUAUAUUUUUAAUGGAAAUGCAACUUACAGAUGUGUAAAAAUAAGUAAGUCCACUUGCCCUAAUGGGUGCGGCAGGUUGGCAAUGCCUCCUUUCACUGGGACCUGACGGAAACCAGGACUGACAGGGUUUUCACUUCCGGUGGGCAAGUGUUGACUCCCUUCGCCAGCUUGGAAAUCUGGCUCCUGUUAAAUUGGUCAAUGGCAGACAGGCUUGGAGAGCAGGUGCCCCCAGGAGGAAAUAGGCCUUCCUAAGGUCCACUCCCAGGGUAUUUAAGUCUUCCUGUCCUAACUCCUGGCACCUGGUUCCUAGAGACAGUAUGGGAAGAAGAACCUCCAUGUUGUUGUUACCUCUGAGAUGGCUGGCUAUAUAGUUAGGGGUUCUAGGCCUCUAUUCUGCUUUAUAUAAAAAUAAGCAGUUAGGUUUGUCUCGUAAGAGAAGCAGUGCCUGCUUUUACUGGAACACCUUUGAAUGUCUUUUGCAACACCUUUGUUGUCUUCGCAUUGUUCCACAGUUAAGAUCGGAAAUUGAGAUUGGAAACAAAUUAAAGUUGCUCUGGAAAGUCCAAUGAACAUUGAUGGAACUGCACUGCAGCAAAACUUUUAACAGCAACAUUGACUACCACCUGAUUAAAUGACCAAGGAGUCCUAAGAGUUUUAGCUGAGUAAUCCAUUAACCCUGCCUAAAUAGGCACAUGAGAAAGCAGUUCAAAAACAAACCAAAACCAACCAACCCCCGAUAUUCUUUUGUUGUGAUGUGUGAAUUCAACAUGUCACAUCAGGUAUUGUCUUUGAACAGGCAGUUCCUGUUUUCACACGGAAUGAAAGCCUUUUUGAAAAUGUCAGUUUUGUAUUAAGGAUUGCUAAAAAUAACUUAAGAUGGCUAUAAAUCUACUUCCCCGUUGAUUGGGGGGAAGGGGUAGUUUGUUAGCCUUUCAGAAUGUUUUUGAUCCGUUAACAAAACUAAUGAAUUGACUAAAUGUGGCAGUAGCACUAUAUGCUAAUAACAAUAAUGAAAAUGAAUGAAAAUAAGUUGAAUGCCAAAUUAAGCAUGUAUGCUGAUAUGGGAGGGAGAGAGAAGGAAACUGGCAACAGGCCAGCUUCUCCACCCAAUUAACUGCACAGAGCGAGGAAGGCCGAGAAUGGGAAUAACUCCCUCUCCCCACAUGGGAAAUCGGUUGUGUGUGUGGAGGCACACACAACUUGCACUCAUGCCUGCUCCUCCCACCAGCACUCCUUCCUCAUCCCUGAUUCCCCCAGGCAGAGGUGCUCAGCACCAGCUGGCCUGGGGAACCCCACUGCUGAGAAUUUGUGAAAUGGUGAGAACGGUUUUCAUUCUAAGCUGGUCAUCUUCUUUCUUUGCAGCAUCAUCGAUUCUGAAAAGAGAGAAGCGGAAGAGGACGAAGAAUGUUCAUUUUAACUGCGUUACCGUGUACUACUUCACAAGGAGGCAAGGGUUCACAAGCGUUCCCAGCCAAGGAGGAAGCACCCUGGGCAUGUCCACACGUCACAACAGUGUGCGCCAGUACACACUGGGGGAAUUUGCGAUGGAGCAAGAGAGGCUUCACCGAGAGAUGUUGAGAGAGCAUCUCAGGGAGGAGAAACUGAAUUCUUUAAAGCUCAAGGUAAGGACAAGGCUAGCGAACUGCUUUGCCUCUCUACCGUGUGGGCAAGAAGCAGGAAACAGAGGAAUUGCCGCACUUACAUCCUUGGCAAGAUUGCGUCUCCGCUUCUAACAUGGCUGCACGUCAAUUGCCCCAAGGAAGCUGGCAUCUUCCCGGUUUCCCACAUUAACUCAUCAGAUUUGUAAUAGGCUUCCACCUGAGCUCUUUAAGGUGACAGCUUCCUUCCUGCUAUGCAGAUACGAUGGCAAUUCAUUUCCCCCCAUCAAAGUUCUCGCUUUGAUCAAAAUUUAAUUAUGGUUAGCCAAGUUGCUUAGUGCCGAUUGUUCUGCACAAGAGAUUUUGGCUGGUUAUUUUAAGGAAGCGCUGCUUUGUGUUAGGAAUCUGGGUAAUGUGGGAUGAGGCUGCCGGAUAAAAUAUUGGAACCCAUUUUAUAUGUGUUCUGUAUGGUAUCUACCUGCAGGUGACUCUGACUGAAGCAUGUCCUGCACCAAUCUGUUUAUGUGUUCCUUCUCAUGCCCAGUCAGAGCUUACAGGUACUGGACACACCUGGCAUUCAGAGAGAUGAUUCUACUGACUGUCUCUGCAAAAUUUUGUGUCUCAUAUUGUUUGUCUGGGACUUGAGCAAUCUCUUAUUUUUUUAUGGUCCCAGGCUACUGGCAAAUACACACACAUGAAGACAAGUCACCAUACAUGGCCAGUGGGCCAUAUUGGACUCGCAUCGUCUGCUUAAGCGCCACAGAGGCACUCCAGAUUGAGCAGGUGGUUGCAGCAGUAUUUGAAGCACUCAGUUCGGCUGAUUUGAAAGCAGAUCACAUCCAGAUCAGAGUCAAAACUGACUGCAAAUUCACCCCCUCAACUCUGUCCUUGUGAAGGGGAGUGGGCAAAGCAGACCACAUCCCACAUGUCUUGGGAUCGCGCUGGCAGUGUUAGGAGCAAAGCAGGCGAGAAAUGGGUUAUUACAAGAUGAUGGUCGCAGUGGUGAUAUGUGCAUGGCUUCCCAUCAGUGCUCUAGGCAGCUUAAAAAGCAAAACAAAACAAAAACCGACACUAUACAAAAUUAAUACAAAAGGAAAUAAUUAGCAUAGAUGAAAAUAACAACUCAAAAACCUUCCUUCUAGUGAAGAUGGAUAAAAACAGGUUUUAUGCAGCUCUGCUUAAAACAAACAAAUGAGUAAGAGUACAAAAUGUAUUUUGGCGGAGAACCUGGAGCCCUCCAAAUGUCAUUGGGCUCCAAGCAGCAUCAGUCCCAGCCAGAAUGGUGAACUGCUAAGGGUGAUGGAAGUUGGGAGUCCAGCAACAUUUGCCCACCCCACUCAUGAUUUAAAACCACAUUUGAAACAGGGAAAGGCCUAUUGUUGAUUUUUAAAGCACAUAGUGCACAGUCCCUAGUCAGCUGCAGGUUGUUUGAGAGCGCCACCUGCUGGCCACUUGGUUGGAAAGAGAGCAGAACAUUGGUUCAUCUUUGUGUCAAAAAUAUUUUUACACGUUUCAAAGAAGUACAUGGUGCUGUCUGUGAGACAAGGGUCUCAGAGCGAGCUGUACAGUGGAAGUAGAUGCUGUUGCCCAGCUUAGUUGUUCCGUUUAGUUUGUGGCUCUGCAGAAUCAAAGAAGCUAUGGCAGAGCAUGCAGUUACAUGUGGGGCCUGCAAUAAACGUUUGCAGUAUGAAGUGCUCCUGUUAUGGACAUUCCACCUCCACCUCCCAUCAACAGUCAGUCAGCAUUCCAUGCCCACUGAGCAUGCUCUGCCUUCAUUGGGUUCUUUUUCGGGGUUCCCUUCCUACUUAGUGGUUUUCUUUUUCUAAAGAUUAGUAGAAUUUCUGCAAACCUUAGGGUUCUCAAGAGUACUUCUGUGUGCAGAUGGUGUUGUUUUGCCUACUAUCUCUGAGGUCUCAGGCUAUGUAAGGCUGAAUACAAAUAUGUAGCAGAAGGUGUAUUAAUAUGCAGUCUUUAAUAUUUUGGGGGGGUUCCUAUGCAGAUUAGUUUAAAUUUGCAUAGGAAAAUUUUCUGCUGCUGUAGAGCAGCUGUAGGGAGCCUCCAGUCACAGGCAAAAUUAUGCCUGUCAAUUUGGUCUUCAAGGUUGUUGCCACCUGUCCCACAUCCAAUGUCACAUACAAUGGCAGGUGUGGGGCAGUUGCGAACGUGGCCUCAAAGGGACAAUCGGCAGCCUAAAGUUUAUUUGCAAGUGGGGGUCCCUAUCACACUGACAGGAAGCCACACUGGGCUGUCCGCACUAGACAGUUCCUGGUGGGAGAACUCCCUAGCGCAGCUUGGGGGGCGUGUUUGCUCAGUUCCAAAGCAGUUUGCAUUCAAGCCACUUUCUCAAAUGAAGGGCGAAAGCUCAGUUACCAGGGGCGCAAAGCUGAGCAUGCUCCAUUGCAGGCACACUCCCAGCGCCAAUCAGUUGUACCUGCCGACCAGCUAUCAGUGGUUACAUCUAUGCUCUUGGAUUGAAAGGCGAUUGUCAAAAUUGGCCUGUGAAGGGUUGGGGAAUUAAGGACCUUUACCACCAGACAGAUACAAUUUAGCACACUUAUUUUGCUUGUAUUCCGUAAACAAAGCUUUGAACCUGCUAAGCUUGCCUAAUGUCAUAUUUGCAAUUGGUAUCCGUUCCUUGUUGCAAAGGAACUCGUGAAACAGGAACAUUUUCUGCCCCACAUCACUGAUUUCUUCAUUCGUGGCACAAUUCAGGUCUCAGAGGACCUUUGCAGUAUGUCAUAGAUAAGGCAAAACAAGAUGGCUACUACUGCAGUAACAAAGCUGGAGAUUAACAUUAGGUUGAGGAUCAAUUCCAUUAGAAUGGAAGGUUUCUGAAAGUAAAGUGCCCUGCCACUUAGAUUGUUGCCAAUACUCCCGUGAGCCUUUCUUUCCCCUCUUUUGCGUGACAAAUUCGAUGCUUUCCAUCACGGAUUGUCUGUAGCCUCACCUAGGAAAAGUGGCUGGUACUAGGAGUUAGAGAUGCUAAAAGCUGCUGCCGGUUCAGAUAGAUAAUACUGGGAUAGAAGGAUAAAUGGUCUCACACUAUAUAGGGCAGUGCCAUAAGUUGGUAAGUUCAAAAACAGUAAGAAGCACUGGAACAAGCCCGCCCACUUCCAUGCCAGGAGCUCCUUAGUUGAAAGCAGUGCUUUCCCCCCCUAAAAAAAAUGUUUAGGGGUACUCUCAUUUUCCUACUCAUAUUGAAAUACUGCCCCUCAAUGAGGCCAAACUUAGAUUCACAAAAUGUUUAGGGGUAUGCGUAUCCCUGUGUCCCCCCCAGAAAAAAAGCACUGGUUGAAAGCCAUGUUCAUACAGUGGUACCUCGCGUUACAGACGCUUCAGGUUACAUACGCUUCAGUUUACAGACUCCACUAACCCAGCAAUAGUACCUCGGGUUAAGAACUUUGCUUCAGGAUGAGAACAGAAAUUGUGCGGCGGCAGUGGGAGGCCCCAUUAGCUAAGUGGUGCUUCAGGUUAAGAACAGUUUCAGGUUAAGAACGGACUUCCAGAACGAAUUAAGUUCUUAACCCGAGGUACCACUGUAUAUCCUUUCAUGAUAAAAACAGGGUUUAUUGCCCUUGUUAACUGUUUUCGAGCUGAGAAUGGCUCUUCUUCUCAAUGAAUCCUCCACACGCUUUUUCAUGGCUCUGUGUUGCAGAUGACCAAGAACGGCACCGUGGAGUCCGAGGAAGCAAACACUUUGACACUGGACGACAUUUCCGACGAUGAUAUAGAUCUAGAUAACACAGAAGUAGACGAGUACUUCUUUCUACAGCCUCUGCCAACAAAAAAGCGAAGGGCACUCCUGAGAGCCUCCGGGGUCAAGAAGAUUGACGUAGAAGAAAAACACGAGCUGCGAGCCAUUCGCCUGUCAAGGGAGGACUGCGGCUGUGACUGUCGAGUCUUUUGUGACCCAGAAACGUGUACCUGCAGCCUUGCAGGCAUAAAAUGCCAGGUGAGAACUGAACUCAGGUGCAGUCUUAAAGGGGCCGGGGGGAACGAGGGGAAGCCAAAGUAUACUUACAGGUAUUUGGUUUUUUAAAAACCCAGUGGCAUCCUCCUCCCUCCCCCCCCGCCAUUCAAAUAUUCUUAAUGUAUUUUUCAUACUUCCCCCAGUGAUAGGAAAUUCUAGGAGUCGUUUUAUAAUGCCUAUCUCAGUAUGCAACAGCAACUAUGCUGUUAGGAGGCCAGAUGAGUGGCAGCACCCACCCGUCCAUUUGCUAUAGGGGAGCAGCAUAAAUAGGGUUCUCAUAAGUCAUGGCUUCUGAUAAUGAGUCCUAAGCCUGGUUAAGCAUAACCAUGGUUGACAGCUAUGGUAACAUAACAGUUGAGAUCAUUUGGGUCCAGCAGAGUGCGGACGGGGGGACUCAUGCUCUAGAAAAGAGUAUGAAACCCCCAAGGACCAAUCUUGAUUGCUUUCCUAUUAGCAAGCAAUCAGCCGUUUUACAUUUACGUUGCCCUUGGUGUCCUUUAAGGGACGCAGGUGGUGCUGUGGGUUAAACCACAGAGCCUAGGACUUGCCGAUCAGAAGGUCAGCGGUUCAAAUCCCCGCGACGGGGUGAGCUCCCGUUGCUCGGUCCCUGCUCCUGCCAACCUAGCAGUUCAAAAGCACCUCAAAGUGCAAGUAGAUAAAUAGGUACCGCUCUGGCGGGAGGGUAAACGGCGUUUCCGUGCGCUGCUCUGGUUUGCCAGAAGCUGCUUAGUCAUGCUGGCCACGUGACCCAGAAGCUGUACGCCGGCUCCCUCGGCCAAUAAAGCAAGAUGAGCGCCACAACACCAGAGUCAGUCGUGACUGGACCUAAUGGUCAGGGGUCCCUUUACCUUUGGUGUCUUUUAUGGAGCAACCAAUUUUGAGAUUCUUCCUUUCCAAUGUCCCCCUGCUGUGGAUUUAUUUCCGCAAGAUGCAAUAUAAUGGACUGGGCAUUUUAAAAUUAAUGUAAAUCAUUUAUUUUCCAUAUCACCCCUUUGAUCAUAUAUCUGAGGCAGCUUUCCUGAAUAUAGCUCCUGGCUUUUACUGCCAAUUUCUAGCUUGGCAAGGUUCUGCACUAUAGAGUUCCUCCUUCAGACCCUUAGUUAAUCCAUGGUCUCUUUCCUAAAGGUGGAUCGUAUGUCUUUCCCAUGUGGUUGCACUAAAGAAGGAUGUAGCAAUACGGCAGGUAGAAUUGAAUUUAACCCCAUCCGCGUUCGGACUCACUUUUUGCACACUAUAAUGAAACUUGAAUUGGAGAAGAGCAGAGAGCAGCAAGUCUCUGCGCUGAACGGUUGCCACAGCGAGAUAAGCGCUCACAGCAGCUCUAUGGGCCCCGCAGCCCACCCGCUAGAAUAUUCCGUCCCAGAUAACUUUGAGAUUGAAGCAGAAUCUCGGGCCGGCGUGAUGCACUUGCAGUCAGCCGAUGACUUGGACUGCCCAGGAGAGGAGGAGGAGGAAGAGGAGGAGGAAGACGCUAGCAGCUUUUGUAGCGGGGUUACAGAUUCCAGCACCCAGAGUUUAGCACCCAGUGAAACAGAUGAAGAUGAGGAAGAGGAAGAAGAUGACGAUGAGGAUGACGACGAGGAAAAGGUGGAUGACUUUGUGGAAGGCUUGGGUGCUCAUGGCGACAUGGUGCAAGCUCUUCCUUCGGUCCUCUGCUACUCCGACAGCACCGCCAUGCACGAGACUCACUCCAAGGCUUCCUCCUACUAUGGCAACUCCUCAGCGCUUUAUUACCAAAUAGAGAACCACAGCCCUGGCACUCCUAGCCAGAUGCGUGAGGCUUACUCUGAAAGGGAUACAGUUAAGAAUGGUAAUCUUUCUCUGGUGCCUUAUAAUCCAGCUUCAGAACAGUUUGUGGACUACACACGGCAAUCAGAGGAAAGUUAUAGCGGCUCGCUUUAUCCUCCUUCAAACCCGUCCGUCAUAGUUUGCUGCUCGUCUUCGGAGAGCGACGGCACUGUUCCGUGUAGUAGCCUAUACGCUGAGCAUAGGCCAAGACACUCCCAAGUGGACUUUCCCUCAUACUUGAAAAGUCCUUCUCAAGAUGGAUUUGUUUCUGCUUUGAAUGGCGGCACUCACCUCCCAGAGCGUCCCGCUGAGAAUUCGCUCAGCCUCUCAGAAAAGAGCAGACUGCAUGAAGAGUGUAUCAAAUCGCCUGUCAUGGAAACGGUACCUGUUUAAAUUAUUUUAGGACAGAAUCCCUAUAUUUAACUGCACUCUGUUUUAAUUCCCUGGAACCAAUCUCUCCCCCCUCUUAGCAAUAGAGGUAAGGGGACAAGACUGUGGUUAGUGUUUUGAAUAUUUCUUCUGGUUUAGGCCAUUGCACAAGGGCAGUUCAUGUAAAAAGUUAAAAUUUAAAAGCGGGGAGGGGGGGGAAAUCAAAUGGUCUUUUGAUAGAAAAUACCUAGAUUAAAUAAUAAUAAUAAAUAGUCGCCUACCUGUUAAACAGCGUGAAGCUGGCCUAUCGAGACUCAAAGCUUCCCUUUGUAUUAUCAGACCAGUACAAGAUAAUGAAAAUUUUACUUUGGAAACGUCAUGUUUAGAGUACAAAAUUGUCACACAUAUUUGAAGAGAUGGUGACUUUUUAAAUGUAGAUGUGAUUACUGUACAAAAAAACCGCCCCUGAAUUGUUUGGUAAUGUAUAUUUUAUUUAUUGUAGCUUAGUACUCAUGUCUUGAUAAAAAAUGAACAGCAUGUUCUUUGGAGCUGAACAUUUGAGCAGCACAGCACAGCCACUUCAAAUUUCAUAAGGAAAAUUAUAUAAAUAUUUUGUGACCACGUCUGAAGCUGACAUUGAAUUAUGUUCUUUGAAGUGCCCUAGCCUCCAGUCAUACUUGUAAGCUGGGGGCAGUCCAGGAAGUACCACUGCUAGGCAUGAUUCGCUCGUUUCAGCAACACGGGUGGGGCGUUCCUGCCCCAUCUCUAUAAAAUGAAUGAAGGGCGUGCACAAGCUCCACCUUCUGAACUGCACUCAUAGGCAUCUAUAAUUGCUAGGAAGGUGAAAUAUAGGACAAUCCUCUGGUUUUUGGUUUUAACUGGCACCAACAUCCCUUGAAAAUAAAGGAAGCUGGGCACAAGUCACCAAAAGUUAGUUGUGACUGGUUCAUGCGUUUAUUUUCUUUUGGGCAUUUCAUUUGUUGCUCAGUUUUCUACCCAAAAGCUACGUAAGGAAAUGAACACUAUUAAAUACAUGCAGAAUCUAGCUGCUCUUCACAUCUUCCUGCGCUCCACUUCCCAGAGGCACAGGUGUGUUUUUUUGCCAUUGGACCUAUGAUGUAACAUAUAUUAUCAUAGUAGUACAACCACUGCUUCUUUAGUAGUAUGUACCAUAGGGACGGGACCUCCAGUGACACCCCACCCCCCACCCAAAAAUAAACCCCCAGAGAGACUUUAAUUUCUUACAUUUUUUAGGUUUACAGGUUGGAGCACAUGGUUCUCCCCUUACCCAUUUUAUUCUCUCAGUAAUCCUGGUAUUUUAAAGACAGGCACCUAGUUGAUUUUGUGACUGAGUUGGGAGUUGCCCACUCUAACCACUACACAACACCACCCUUGCUCUCCAUUAGCCCCAUGCACACAGACUCCCCAUUACCUACAGUGGCCACAUGAACAUGUCAGAUUGUCACUGUUUUGGGGUGGGAUUCAAUCACACACCAGGGUGCACAGUCGUAAUUGUUGACAGGUUUCAUGCAACAACCCGCCCUCCAAACAUCAGCCCUUUUUGCAGUAAGGAAAGUGUGGGAUAACACUGUUAUCUAACCUCUGCACAAGCGUAUCAGAAUGAAUGUUCAUUUAAAAAGCCAAUGCUUUCUAAUCUCCCCGCAAACAAAUCAGGAUGAAUGCUCAAAUUAACAGGCCAUCUGGAUUGCUAUGGUUAAUAGAAAACUAGCCUGAUGAACCAGUGAAAUCAACGGGACCUCAUCUUCAAUUCUUUCAGUAGAAUUUAGUUGCAACUACCUUUCGGUGCAUUGUGUGCCUCAUGUUCACUUUCAGGAUGAAAACUCUGGCUCUUUGUUGCCCUGCAAAUAUACAGCUAACUAAUGCACUUUAGGGCCUCCCCUUACUUGUGGAGGCUAUGGAAAGUCUUCAAGGUAUGCUAGAUGGUAGGUUUUUUAAUUUUUUAAUUUUAUUUUACUUUUAAGUCAUAUAGGCAAAAAUUAGGGGGGGGGAAUGAUCCAUGUUUUCUCUAGCCAAUUUCUGGAUAUAUGAGUAAGUCACUGGUAAGAGGAGUCUUUGUGUUGAGAAAGCAACUGCGUUGUAAAUAGAAGACAGACAGGGUUCUAGGGGCAUUGAGCCAUUCACUCCAGUGUGACUUAAGAUUUCACCUAUGGUACUGUAGCAAUAUUUUAAAGGCCUGAUCCAAAAGGAGGUUGAAAUCAACAGGAAUAUGUCCGCAGUUGCUGGUGUUCAGUUAAAGGACUCAAGCCUUUGCACUCCUCUUUGUUUUCUGCUAUUUAUGCUCGAGCCAAGGCUACUGUGGACUCUGCCUUCUCCAUUUACAUCUGUGGAGGAAGCGGGUGUGUGUAUGCAAAGAAAUGGGAGUCUGGAGACGUGAACUCCGCUGAAGUGAACUGGGGAUCCUUGCAGGCAGCAGAGCACUGUGUGCACACCACAGAAAUCCCUAAUCAGGUGGCUGCUAAUAGAAAAGAUUGUUUUUAAGAUUUCUUAUUCAAUAGUGAGAACAAUGCCUAUGAGUGUAACCUAGGACUACAAAAGUCCAAAAUCUGUCUUUCCCACUUAACAGCCAAGUCAAGAGUUUUACCAUAUCCACAGAUAAUAUAAAACUCUACUUUUUGGAAAAGGGCAAUUUAAUAAGGCUAUCCACACAUAAUCCUUUCAUCUACAGGGGCAAUUUUAAAUUUAAAGCCUUGAGCACCGCCUAUCUAAAAAAUACAUCACUUCCUGUUGCGUUUGGAUAAUUCAGUUCUUUUAAAAAGGGACUUGAGGAAGCACCUUUGUGCGCCAGGUGAACACAAACCCUUACUGGACAAACACUGUGAUAAAAAGAAUCAGCUGAACUUACUGCUACAGUAUUUUACAUUUAAGUAACAUUUAAAAUUAAUAUCCAUAUCCAGUUUCGAUCAAGAUUAUACCUAUCAUGUAGAAAUACCCUGUGCAGCCAUGCACACAUUUUGCUCCCUGCUGUAGACUUAAGGGUACUGUCUUAAAUCAGCCUUUCUAAAUUGGCUGUAAAUGUUUGCCUUUAAGCACUUGCUCCUGGGGCGGGUGACAUGGCCCUUCUGUCAAUCAGCUCAUGCUCCAAGGGGGCAAACGCCAUAGUUGUAUGAAGCAUCAAGCUUCUUUAAUAGUUUUAUUCACUAUUUUACCAGCCUGCAUAAUUCAAGCAGCCGGAUCAACGUCUGCCACACAGCAAGGCCCAGAGUCACUUGGAUGUUAGCAAGGAGUCAAACUUCCUUCCCAUGUGAAGCUCUCUCACAUUCUACAGCACCACAGAUUUGUUCGAAUCUCUACCCACCCCCCAAAAUCCAAUUUCUUUUUGCCAUAUGGAGCACAAUGCAUGGGAGAUGGUGGAAUGAACUCCCGUGGCUCACACAAGUGCUGUACGUCCUGUAUUGUUAGCCCUUGGUUUGAUAUCUGUGAGCCUUACGUGCCAAAUGGCUUGUUGUGACUAAAUGACAAAUAACAGUGAAUGUGUUUUGUACAAGUUUUGCAUGUUCUGCUUUAGUUUUCGUGAUGGCUCUCUAGGCCAUACAGAUAAUGAAGAUGAUCUUGCUGAGUUUACAUGCAUUGAUGCACAUUAAUUUUAGGUACCAGUCAGCAAGUUGGAACACAGCAUUCCCCAUUGGAAACAGACAUUGUCGUACCUAUUUCUAUCUAAUAACAAAUCACCCCGCACAUUAAUUUUAGCAGGCCAGAAGGAAAACAACUGGGAGCACUUUCCUGGCCAAUUAUGUCUCACUUGCAUGUUGUGUUAUUGAUCUUUAAAGAUGGGCAGAGCAGAUUGAUUUGGCUCCAGGAUUUUUGAUUUUUUUUUUUUUUAUACAGCCAGGAGUGUUCUUUCCUGAAGUCUUCCAGUCUGCCUGCCAUUCUCAGUUACAGUAAUCCAGUGCAUCCCAAAGUCACCAAAAGGUUUUAUUUUUUUUACCCCAGAGACCAGAUAGAGCACAUGGAGAAAUAGCCUCUACUGAAAUGAUUGCAAGGAUACAAUCAUGCCAUAGAAUACAAGGCUUUUCUACAUCAAGCCCCAUGCACAGAUGGAUGAAACGUGAGAUGGAACAACCAUGCUGGAUCCCAUUUUUCUUCACGUAGCAUCCUUCUGGGAAUGGGACCCAGUGUGAAAGGGACAGGAUGCUCUUACUGGAUCAAGAUGACUCAGUUUACAUUAUAAGGGAAUGCUCUUAAAAUGUUCAGGAAAUUCCCAAUGUGCUAAAUAAAUUUAUUUUUGUCCUCAAUUAUUUCCCUUUCUCCCCCUCCCCAUUAAUUUCCACAGGAAAAUAGAACCAUGUUUAAAACAUGACUACAAGGAUGUGGGAUAAUAUGGAACACAACACACAAGUUUGCAACUAACCUAAACUGAAUUAAUCUUGUUCGACACAAGUAGAUGAAUGCUAGUGGGAAUGGGAGAUGCACAAAUCCUAUGGCACAGUCAAGUGCUUUCUGUUCAUAUAGAUGCAUAUCCUGAUCAAAAUAGAUAAUGCAACUCUCGAAGAUUAUGUUUAUACAUAUCCCUAUUUGCUAGAGAAUGUAAUACCAAGGAGGAGGGCGUAAGGUGCCAAAUAUUACAUUAGCAAGCAGGAGGGCUUCCCUGCAAGACCGAAAGCUUAGUUUCAUUGUAAGGAAUAUACGUAGUUCCGAAAUAGAUAUGCUGCAGCUCUUAGGAUCACCUGCCAACACCUGAGCAACACUGUGUCCCCUGCUGCUAGUGUAAAGGACUAGCAUGCCUCAACCUGUUAAGUCUUUUAGGAAUAAGCAUAGGCUCCAGCCCCAACUCUUGUAAGUUGCUAUGGAAGACAAUACCAUCAGUAAUAACUGAAAAAGGAGGGAGGGGAUAUGGAAAGGGGAACAGAACCAAUGUGGUCUACUUAUCCACCUGCAAAGGACCAUGCCUCAUCUACGGCAGUGCAAGCUAUUCCUUGAGCUGUCUGUUAAGAAAACCGUAGGGUUGGAGUGGCAGUCCAUCAAAAUUCCAUUUAGGAAAUUUUAUUUGCGAUGCAUGGUGAAAAUAGCCUUUCCUCACUGCCCCCCAAAACCUUAACUAUGUAGAUUUAAUGGGGUGUUUUCACUUUUUUCCUCUGAGUGUAGGUACCUAGGUGACCUGAAACUCAUUUGUUUACAGCCAAAAGAAAUAUUAAUAUAGGAGCAUGAAUUUAAAGCUUUUACUAUUUCAUACCUAUUGAUUCAGAUGGCUACCAUAUUCACCUCAUCCAUGCAAAGUAAUUCAUUCAUUCAGUAAUUCUUCAUUCAGUGGACUAAGUUACAGGUGUUUCGUUUGGAAAAAGACUUGGGGUGGAGUUGGUAAAAAUAACACAUGCAAAGUACCUUAGGUACUAGAAAUUUGAUAAGACGUAAAUAGUAAAGAAAAAUCCCUUCCUCUCCCAACAGCCUGGAACUCACCAUAAUGAAACUGAACUGCUCUUGCUUUCUUUCAUUUACCUACUUUGCUAUUAAGGUCUUCAAAAAGGAAAGCAUUGUGUGGACAGGUGUGACCCAGCACUUUAUUAGAGAGAUGCAGCUUAUACUGAUUCACACUGUGUAUACCUUAUGUAAGAAAACUCACCCAAUGAGGAAUCUCUUUGCUUUGGACAAUUAUUAGCUCUGUAUGACUUACCCUAUCUACUGCCCCUUCUUUUUUCUUUCUCAAUUGCCACUGAUAUAUGGAAAGAAAAACACAAAGUUCAUCUGUAACUCUGAUCUGGAAUGUUCUCAAGAAUUAAAGUAAAUAGUGUAUACAGCCAUGGGUCCAAUGGUAUUUCCAAUUCAGGAAAAACAAAAAAUCAGAACUCGUGCUUUAAGAUGUAGAAGUAGAUUCUCAUAGCUGCUUGAAAAUUGUAAAUAACCGUAAUGCUGCUUUAACUUAACACAUUUGAGGGUAGAUACACAUGAUUAUCUUUUUAUGAGGGUGGUUUUUAAUCACCAUGGAUGGGUCUCUCAACUUAGUCAUUGUAGACAGAAGCUACACACCACCACCCAAAGCCUCUCAAUGGUGGUUAGUGUUAUGCAAGGUAGCUUUGGCUCAGCUACUGUGGGCCCCUGCUCUGACCAGGUCACUUGCUCCCAGUUUUCUGUUCCUCAGGCAUUCUUCCAAGACGUUUAUGGCAAGAGAAUAGAAUGUUAAUGUAAAACUCAAAACCCAUAAUUGGCAUUAUUCCCUCCAUAUGUUGAUUUAAUUUUGCUUUAUAAGUUGCAACUUCACAAAUACCAAAAGGGUAAUGUAGGCAACAAAAACAUUUGACAAAACUUAACCUGGACCU